CCUUUAAAACCCCGCGCCAUUACUUUCUCUUCUCCCAACCAUUAACAAAUCAGUAUAAAUAACAAACAUAGAGGAACAGGUAAGAGUACUAGACUCUGAGUGUUUCAGUGUUUGUGUUUUUGAUCGAUCGGGGGAUAUGGUGAACGGCCGGAAAAACCCAUCGGAGGUUGGGAUUCAGAUGCCGGAAGCUAAGUUUGCAGCGGAGAGUACAACCAUGAGUGGGCCUUUGGUUUCCGGGUCUGAUAACAGAGCUCGUCGCAAGACUGACAUGGCUCACAUCAUCCUGCGCUUCUUUUGUCUUCUCUCUUCUAUAAUCUCUCUGUGUUUCAUGGCUUCGGCUAAACAAUCCGGCAAUGUCUCCAUCUAUGGCUUCAGCUUCCCUGUCUACUCCAAGUGGUCCUUCGCCGACUCCUUUGAAUAUCUGCUCGGAAUAUCUGCAGCUGUUGCCGCCCAUUCACUGCUGCAACUCCUUCUCAGUUUGUCGAAGCUGUACAAGAAGUUGCCGGUAAUUCCUUCACGGAAUCACGCUUGGCUUAUUUUUGCGGGCGAUCAGGUCUUUGCAUAUGCAAUGAUGAGUGCAGCAUCAGCUGCAUCUGGAGUGACCAAUCUGAACCGAACUGGAAUCAGGCAUACACCGCUCCCCGACUUCUGUAAGCCACUACGUCGCUUCUGUGACCACGUUGCUGUGUCUGUAGGCUUUGCUUUCUUGAGCUGCUUCGUGCUUGCAAUCUCUACCGUUCUUGAUGUGAUCUGGCUCUCCAAGUACUAAAUUUCAUCAAACAAUACAUAUCUAAUACUGUGUACCCGUUUGAAAAUUAUAGUUUAAGAAUGCCUUUUUUUCUUUGUUUGUCUGCAGAAAAUGGUUGGACUUGGUACAUAUGCUAGUAAAUUAUUCUCUGUUAUUUGUAUCUUCUAUGAAGAACAUCAGCUAUUUGUGAUGCACAUGAAAUAUGCUUUCUUAUAUA